AUGCGGAACAGUUAUUUACGUUGUCGCUUAACCGGCCUUACGAUCGCGUACUUGGUAUUAAGAUCAGCGGCAGAGGGAAUCGACGAAAAAGCAAAGGAGAGUGUAAUAAACGGCAUUAAAGGAGAAGAGUUAACAGCGAAUUCGUUUACUUUAGAUGGCGAGCCAAAACUUUCAGUAGAUUUCGAACAAAUACUUCAGAAUUUUAACUCCGCUAACAGCGGCUACCUAAGGGUGGCCAAUUUCAGCGGCGCAGACGGCAAAGGUCGCCAUUCCUGUGCACGUCGUUGUCAGAGUAAACAACCGCUUACUUGCUAUUACCGCUUGGUGGUGCAUCAUUACCAGGCCUCGAGCACGGAAUGCGUGCGCUGUCUGGAGAACGAAGUGACCUGUCAGAAGCAGCAGUGCAUUUACGGCGAUGGCGUGUACACACCCAUAAUGGCCAUCAAUCAAAUGCUGCCAGGACCACCCAUCGAGGUGUGCGUGGACGACACGGUGGUGGUUGACGUCAUCAACUACCUAGCGGAGCCGAUCAGCAUUCACUGGCAUGGACUGCCAAUGUUCCGCACGCCGGAAAUGGAUGGUGCCCCGUUCGUUACACAGUACCCCAUACAGCCAGCAGAGGCUUUUCGCUACCAAUUCAAUGCGGAACGCGCGGGUAGCGUCUGGUAUCACAGCCAUGUCGGGCUGCAGAGUGAAAUGGGAGUUGGGGGCAGCUUUGUAAUUCGGCAACCUGUGCUGAGUGAUCAACAAGCAUACUUGUACGACUUUGAUUUACCAGAGCACACACUGUUGAUACAGGACUACAUUUAUGGUAAUGAUUUCAGUCGUGCGCGAAACUUUCUCAUCAACGGCAAGGGUAGAAAUCACGCCUCAAAUCUAUCCGACCGCGAUGCACGUCACCGCUACGAACGUUUAGAAGUGUCAAACGGUAAUCGCUAUCGCUUCCGAGUCAUAUACAAUGGAGUCUUCAACUGUCCUAUAGAGUUCUCGGUGGAAAAUCAUAGAAUGCUUUUGAUUAGUACGGAUGGUAACGAUAUCAUACCUGUGCUUGCUGACAGCUUUUUCAUGGCCUCCGGUGAGCGUUUCGACUUUGUUCUGCAGGCGAAUCAGCAAGAGCGCAGCUACUGGAUUAGGGUGCGUGGUUAUGAGAACUGCGCCAAAGAGAAUCUUUAUCAAGGAGCUAUACUGACUUAUAAAAGUGCUACCAGUCGGUCCUUGCCACAGGAGCCCAUAGCCAAAACUUCAGUUUGUGAUGACGACAAAGAGGAGUACUUCGUCGUGGGUGACUAUGCGCAUCAGGGGCAAAAAACUGUAUCAUUUAAAAAGAGCGCAUGCGGCAGAACCCAUUUUAAAGCAACCAAUGUUGCAACCGUCGGCUUGACUUCUCUGGAACCAGUGCCAUGGUCACGUGAUACCGAAUUUCUCACGUACUACUCAAUACUUGGUUCCCGAGUAUCAUCCGGAAAAUCGGAUGUGGCCUAUCAAAUUGAUAACAUCACUUUUAGAGCGUCGAAAAUUUCGCUUUUGCAAACGAAUGGACUCUUCAACGAAAACGGUGUAUUUUGCAAUCGUUCUUUGUUGGUGGAAAAGGGGCAAAAUUGUGAAAUAAAAAAUUGCAUUUGCACCAAUGUGUUACGACUACCAGCUUACCGUACCAUUGAAAUUGUUUUGGUCAACAACAACAAUGAACCACAUCCGGUGCACUUGCAUGGAUACACAUUCCGUCUAGUGGGCCAAAAUAUUUUGGGAAAUGUAGUGGACUGGAAGCAGAUACGGGAUCUUGACAGACGAGGUCUUCUACAGCGCUCAACUGAUGAUUAUCCCAUACAAAAGGAUACUGUCCAAGUGCCACCAGUGGGCUAUGCGAUCGUGCGUUUCUACAGCAGUAAUCCUGGGUAUUGGAUGUAUCACAGUUCCUUGGACCCUCAGUCAGUAAGUGGUAUGAUUGGCAUCUUCAAAAUUGGCGAGGACCACCAGAUAAAAGAAGUGCCUACUCGUCUACGGUGCUAAUAUUACUUGUAUUCAUUUUACUUUUGUCGAUGAGUUCCCAUUUUAUAUGUUUGUAGCAUGUAUGCACAUUUAUUGAUUUUCAUAAAAUUAAUGA